UGUCCCUGGAUCUGCCACGGAACCCUGUAAAUACCUUUCAUUACUCUGGCGGGGCAGUAUCACAUUUCCUUCAUGUUACUUUUGUGGCUGACACAACUUAAGCAGCGAGAUUUGGACUUGAUGUGAUCCUGGUUGAUUGAUAUAGGAAUGGUGCUUCUCUUGAGACAGAUCUUCCAGAUUCCUUGGCAUUCCUGUGGAUCGUCCCAACGUGCUAUCCUGCUAUGGAAUCCCUUUGCUCGGUUUUCUCCUGUCCAAUCAGGUGGAAUGUUUCACAGGCACAUGGUUUAUACAGCUCAAAAUAACUUGGGACCUGUGAGCUGACAAAUGCUCUGGCUCCGGUGGUGACAGGUUGUCCAGCUUCUUAUAGACAUCUUCACUGAAACUAAGGUUAACUCCUCACUGUCUAUGGACCGCUGCCCUCUGUUUCCAAGGGCGUGAAGAAUUUUCCUUUUCUCCGGCGCUUUCAUCUAAAAGUUCUCCUUGGAUAAUUAUCAUCGCAGUGGAGUGCCUGGGUUGGACAUCCUCAUCUGGGUCAACUAAAAAAAGAAAGCAUGCAAGACGACAGCAUAGAAGCCUCUACCUCCAUAUCUCAGCUUCUAAGAGAGAGCUAUUUAGCUGAAACCAGACAUCGGGGAAACAAUGAGAGGAGUCGAGCAGAGCCUUCCUCCAGCCCUUUCCAUUACGGCAGUCCUGGGGCUGCUGAAGGCGGAGGCCAAGAUGACCUUCCAGACCUUUCAGCCUUUCUAAGCCAAGAAGAAUUAGAUGAAAGUGUCAAUCUGGCGAGACUGGCCAUCAAUCACGACCCUUUGGAGAAAGCAGAUGAAGCUCAAGGUAGAAAACAUCUUUCUUCUGAUCAGAUGAAACACUCACCUAAAUCAAGUUUUGAGCCUAACUUCUGCCAGGAUAACCCUCAAAGUCCUACCAGCUCUAAAGAGAGCCCCCAGGAGGCAAAAAAGCCACAGUAUAGUUCUGAAACCCAGUCCAAAAAAGUAUUCCUAAAUAAGGCUGCCGAUUUCAUUGAGGAGCUGUCCUCCCUUUUCAAAGCCCAUAGCUCCAAAAGGAUUAGACCUCGUGCCUGCAAAAACCACAAGAGUAAACUGGAAUCUCACAACAAAGAUACCCAGGAAAACAGCUCCAGUUUCUCAGCUCUGUCAGAAAGACGAGAAAGAUCUUCUGCUCCCAUCCCUAUCCCUGCGGAUACCAGGGACAAUGAAGUGAAUCAUGCCCUUGAACAGCAGGAAGCCAAGAGGCGUGAAGCUGAGCAGGCUGCCAGCGAGGCCUCUGGUGGGGAUUCCUCCCCAGGGUCUUCACCUUCAUCUUUGUACUACGAAGAACCUCUGGGCCAACCUCCCCGGUUCACUCAAAAGUUACGGAGCAGAGAAGUUCCAGAAGGAACCCGAGUACAGUUGGAUUGCAUAGUGGUAGGAAUUCCACCGCCUCAAGUCAGGUGGUACUGCGAAGGCAAAGAGCUUGAAAAUUCCCCAGACGUUCACAUCAUCCAGGCAGGAAAUCUGCAUUCGCUGACCAUUGCAGAAGCUUUUGAAGAGGACACAGGACGCUAUUCCUGUUUUGCUUCUAACAUCUAUGGGACAGAUUCAACUUCUGCUGAGAUUUAUAUAGAAGGGGUUUCUUCUUCUGACUCAGAAGGGGACCCCAACAAGGAAGAGAUGAAGCGAAUCCAGAAGCCAAAUGCGGUGUCAUCCCCUCCCACUACCUCUGCGGCCAUUCCUCCAGCAGGAACCCAAGCUCAGCCCGUUGUGUCAAUGAUCCAACAGUGUCAGAGCCCUACCAAUUACUUGCAAGGAUUGGAUGGAAAACCCAUCAUUGCAGCUCCUGUGUUCACAAAGAUGCUACAAAAUUUAUCAGCUUCUGAGGGUCAGCUGGUUGUCUUUGAAUGCAGAGUAAAAGGAGCUCCAUCUCCUAAGGUUGAAUGGUAUAGAGAAGGGACCUUGAUAGAAGAUUCUCCAGAUUUUAGGAUUUUACAGAAAAAACCUCGAUCCAUGGCAGAGCCAGAGGAGAUUUGCACUUUGGUCAUUGCUGAGGUGUUUGCAGAAGACUCUGGGUGUUUCACGUGUACCGCAAGCAACAAGUACGGCACCGUGUCCAGCAUCGCGCAGCUGGAUGUGAAAGGAAAUGAAGACCUCAGCAAUAAUGGGUCUCUUCAUUCAGCCAGCUCCACCACCAACUUGGCUAUUAUUGAGCAACAGCCGUCCCCGCCCAACCCAGAGCCUCCUUCUGUGGAACAGCCCCCAAAACCCAAACUCGAAGGGGUUCUGGUGAACCACAAUGAGCCCCGGUCAAGCUCCAGGAUUGGGCUCCGUGUGCACUUCAACCUGCCUGAAGAUGACAAGGGAAACAAAGCAUCUGAGGGUGGGGUGGCAGCCACCAGCCAGUCCAGGCCCAAUUCUUUCCAGGAGAGGUUCAACGGACAGGCAGCAAAAAUCCAGGAGCCUUCUUCACCUGUCAAAGGGCCCCCUCCAGUUCUGGCCAAACCAAAACUCGAUUCCACUCAGUUACAACAGCUUCACAACCAAGUCUUACUGGAACAACAGCAGGUGCAAAGUUCAUCUCCUUCGUCUCCUAAGGAGUUUCCUUUCAACACGAGCAUCUUCAACUCCACCGCCCCCCCGGCGGUGACAGUGUCCAGCAAGCAGGUGAAGGUGCCUUCAUCACAGACAUUCAGCCUGGCCCGGCCGAAGCAUUUCUUCCCCUCCACGAGCAGCACCGCAGCACCCAUGUCCCCUCCCGGCUCUCCCGUGGUCACCUUGAGCAGCACUCCUCAAACUCUGCAGAGGACAGUGAGCAAAGAGAGCCUCUUUGUUUCUCACCCCUCCGUGCAAACCAAGUCUCCAGGAGGGGUUUCCAUCCAAAACGAGCCACCCCCUGUGGGCCCGACGGAGCCUGCGCAGCCACCACUCACAUUUUCUGUCCCCAGCGGAAACCAGUUUCAGCCCCGCUGCGUGUCCCCAUUGCCUGUUUCUCCCACCAGCCGGAUUCAGAACCCAGUGGCUUUCCUCAGCUCGGUUCUGCCUUCUCUCCCCACCGUCCCACCCACCAAUGCCAUGGGGCUGCCUAAGAGUGCGCCAUCUGUGCCAUCCCAGGGACUAAAGAAGAAAAAUACCAAGUCUCCUCAACCGGCGAACGAUGAUUACAUUCGUGAAACUAAGAAUGCAGUGAUUCUAGACUUGGGAAAAAAAAUGAAUUUCAGUGACGUCAGAUCAAACCAGCAGGAGUACAAAAUUUCAAGCUUUGAGCAGAGGCUGAUGAAUGAAAUAGAGUUUCGCUUGGAACGUACUCCUGUUGAUGAAUCAGACGACGAAAUCCAACAUGAUGAGAUCCCCACGGGCAAGUGUAUUGCUCCCAUCUUUGACAAAAGACUCAAGCACUUCCGGGUCACAGAAGGCUCUGCAGUCACAUUCACCUGCAAAAUUGUUGGGAUACCUGUUCCAAAGGUUUACUGGUUCAAAGAUGGGAAGCAGAUUUCUAAAAGAAAUGAGCACUGCAAAAUGAGGCGAGAAGGAGAUGGGACAUGUUCUCUGCACAUUGAAUCCACCACCAGUGAUGACGACGGCAACUACACCAUCAUGGCAGCCAACCCCCAGGGAAGAAUCAGCUGUUCUGGCCACUUGAUGGUACAGAGUUUGCCCAUUCGCAGUCGACUGACCUCUGCUGGUCAAUCUCACAGGGGAAGGUCCCGAGUGCAAGAAAGAGACAAAGAGCCCCUACAGGAACGCUUUUUCCGACCACAUUUCCUGCAGGCUCCUGGGGAUAUGGUAGCACACGAGGGACGCCUCUGUCGGCUGGACUGUAAGGUGAGUGGCUUACCACCCCCAGAGCUGACGUGGCUGCUCAACGGCCAGCCUGUGCUACCAGACGCCUCCCACAAGAUGCUGGUCAGGGAGACCGGAGUCCACUCUCUGCUCAUUGACCCACUCACUCAGCGUGAUGCGGGGACCUAUACAUGUGUUGCUACCAACAAAACCGGGCAGAACUCCUUUAGUCUGGAGCUCACGGUAGUAGCCAAAGAGGUGAAGAAAGCGCCUGUGAUCCUGGAGAAGCUGCAGAACUGCGGUGUCCCUGAAGGCCACCCAGUGAGACUGGAGUGCCGUGUGAUCGGCAUGCCCCCUCCCGUGUUCUACUGGAAGAAAGACAAUGACACCAUCCCUUUCACCAGAGAGAGGAUCAGCAUGCACCAGGACACAACAGGGUAUGUCUGCCUCCUCAUUCAACCAGCCAAGAAAUCAGAUGCUGGGUGGUACACGUUGUCAGCCAAGAACGAAGCUGGCAUCGUGUCGUGCACUGCUAGGCUGGAUAUAUACGCUCAGUGGCACCAGCAGAUCCCACCACCCAUGUCCGUCCGGCCCAGUGGCAGUCGCUACGGAUCUCUCACCAGUAAAGGACUCGACAUUUUUUCUGCCUUUUCCUCCAUGGAAAGCACAAUGGUGUAUUCAUGCUCUUCUCGGAGUGUAGUGGAGAGUGAUGAACUUUAAGAAUGUCUGGGUGCCUGCUGUGGAAGGGGGUGGACUGUGGAGGGGGAAGAGGGACAAGCCAGACAUGGUGGUUUCCAAGCAACUGGAUUUGAGUAAGUUCUCACGCUGCUGUACCUGUGGCAAGGAAUGCUCUGAAUUAGUUGGCUGGGGACUCUUGCAGUCUCAGCUGGGGGAGAGGUAUAGGGCUGUGCCUUUUAAAGAUUCCAACAAGAAUGUGAGAAGACAAUACAGGUGAACCAAAGAUGUCCUACAGCUGCCAUCCACUGUUUGGGGAAAAGCUAGCAUGCUUACCUGUCCCCUGUUAUGUUAGGGAUGUUUAUUUAGGCCCUACUAGGAGCAAUUAGGGGCCAUAUGCCUGGGCUGAGAGGACUUAGACGGUAGUGACCAUAGGAUAUAACUAACUCACCAAACAAUGCAAAGGAAAAAGGUGGGGAGGUCACCAUCCCCUUUAACCAAUUAUAAUCAUAGCAGUAGUUUUGGUGAAUUCAUUAAUCAGCUUCCACUUAGUAUUAGGAAAUAAUGCCAUGCAACUCACACAUGAGGGUACUUCAAAAAGUUCACAGAAAAAUAGAAUUAAAAGAUAAUAUGACGCUUUCCAUGAACUUUUUGAAGUACCCUCAUUUGUAGAGAAACAUUUUUGAUUUGCAUAUCCUGGGUGUACUAAGCCACAUGAUAAGCUGCCAAAAUGUUCUUGAGGUACAAAAAAGUCACGAAACGCUUGGCAUCGCACAGUGCACUUAUUCUGUGGCCUAAAAGGGCCCCACCAGCCUGUCUGCAACAUCUUCUUUUGAAUGGUAUUUUCUUCCUUCUGACUUUGCAUAUCCCCAGACUCUAGGGGACAAAAGGAUUGUUAAUAAAUCAAUCAGAAAGAAAUCUUCUGCGGGGUCACUUUUAAACUACUAGCUUCAAUUGUGACUUGCCAAGUAUGCUAGAGUCAUCAUCAUUUGCCUGUAAAAUGCCACCCACGUGCUUCUUCCCCCUCCCCCAAAGCCUGGAAGUGUAGGAGGCAGUGAGGAAGGAAGAGAUGGGAAAGUGUUUUUUUCACUUGCCCCAGCAGAGCAGCGGUUGUGGAAGGAGAGGUCUUUAACAGCUGUGAACUGCUCUGAGAUCAUUGAACAAUUGCAUUUUCUACAUAGAAAAUACUAUGCUAACUGGGAACGUAGGAGGAAAGGACAAUACACAUCUUUAUUCUAAUUCAUCAGUUCAAAACCUGCCUCUCUAAGGAAUUUUUAGGCUUAAGUUCACUGUGAUAACCCUAGUGCCUAGAAGAGCAGCAAUAACCCUAGUGCCUAGAAGAGCAGCAAUAACCCUAGUGCCUAGAAGAGUACUUAGCACAAAGUAGAUAUUCAACAAAUAUUUGCUGGAUGAAAAAAUCUUAUAUUAGAGAGAGGAAUCUGCAAUGCACACACCAGUCCAAAACUGCCCUGGGAAUGGUCAUUACAUGACAGUUCGCUCCAGGCUCACCAGGGAAAUGAAUCGGAGCUCUCUGUUAUCAGCUCCCUGUGCUCAGGUCUCUGGUGUUCUCUCUGCCAGGUGCCCUCAGCUGGCAUGUAACCCAAGAGAACAGACAGUAAUUGCUUAGAAAGGCUUGAAACUUUUCUUCACUUCAAGGCAAGGAUUUCUGGUAUAAAAAUAAAUUCAUUCACUCAAAAAAUCAUUUGUGUCUACUCUGUAUAAGAUGCUAUGCUAAAAAACAACAAAAAAAGAUGCUAUGCUACAUACUGUGGAAGAUUCAAAGAUUGAAUGACACAGUUCCUGCCCUCAGGGAGCUUACAACCUAGUAGGUAAGGUGAUAUUUAAGACAUGCAGAAUGCUGCUCCUUGAGGCAAAAAUAUAUCCUUUAGCAAACAGAAAUUUCUAGCGCUCUUCAUCCUAAUUUUUCAUAACUUUAAAAUCUCUUCAAUCUAUUUUCAAUCUUUGUUAGUAAAACAAAAUGCAGUAGGUUACAUCCUUAAGAAAUAAAUAUUUCAGCAAUUAUUCAGCAGAAUCAUUAGAUUUUGUUUUCUUUUUUCAUGUAUGCAGUAACAGUAGUAAAAUUUAGGCAACUUGAAUAGAAUAAAACACAUUUCAUAUAGAAUGCAUCCUGUAAAAUAUUGUUUUCAUAUUGACUUCUAUUAUAAAAUUUCUUCAAACCAAAGAGCACUUUCUAAUUCCAGGGUUGCUUCUGGACUGUACACUCGACCUUCCCAUCGCAUCUCCUUCUGUAAACCCUAGACAGUUCUCCUACUGGCAGAUAUUCUUCAUCUCUUUAUGUCUUAGCUUUCCGAAUAUUUUUUAUCUGUUGUCCUUUAGUGAUCAACAGAGAACUAGGAUAGAUAUUAUAUUUUGACACUAGAUGGCACUGUCUCACCCAAAAUAUAACAAGCCUAAAAAUUCCUGGAAUUUGAGCUUUUAGAUUAUGUUAAAGCAGGGUUUCUCAACUUCAGCAUUAUUAAUAUUCUGAGAUGGAUAAUUUUUUGUUGUAGGGGGGACCAUCCAGCAUUGUAGAAUGUUUGGCAGCAUUCCUGGCCUCUGCACACAAAAUAUCAUAGCAGCCUCUCCCCAUAUUAUGGCAACCCAGAAUGUCUCCAAACAUUGCCAUUGGUUCUGGAAGGCAGAUUCCCCUUUUGCAGUGAACCACUGUGUUAAACAAAUCAGUGCCCUGCUUUAAGAAUUCUAUUAGGAUUAAAUUACAAUGACUGAUAUUUAAAUAAGAAAUUUUAGUUCCACUGGAUGUGUGGAAGCUCCCAAAAUCAGAUUUAUCUUCCCUUUUAUAAACUUCCUCAACCUGGUUUAAUGUUUUCUGCUAAUGGCACUGUCACAUUUUUCAUAAUCCAAAUAAGAAACAUCCACGCUCGGUCGAAGAGGAUAACCUUUCCCGGUAGAGAGGAAUGUUCUUCGAUCAAGGGUUAUACGAGUAGCUGUGCUCCCGGCUAGAACCUCCAAACAUGCUCUCAAAUAGGAAACAUCCAAGACGUUUUUGGCUUCCUCUGUCCAAUCAAUUGAAAAGUUCUGUUAAUUCUAACUUUUUUAUUCCUCUUGUACUCAUGCCUUCCUUUCCAUUCCCCUACAGUCCCCCAGUUCAGACUUUCACUACUUUCUUAACUUCCCUCAGUACUUCUGACUUCACCCAUAACAGACUUCUAACUGGUUUUCCUGCCUCUAGUCCUGCUCUUUCUCCCCACUCAAAUCCAGCCCAGAUUUCCGCAGCAGAUCAUUCUUCCUGAAGUACUGCUCCAGUAAUAUUAUUCCCCAAUUUUCAAACCCUCAGUGGCUACCUGGAGCCAACUCAGAUGCCACCUGUUCUGCCCUGUGGUAGUCAAGCUCACCCCAAAAUGAUCCCAAAGCUUUCCAUUCUCUGGUAAGAAAAUACACCCAACGUGGCAGCAAAGCUCUCACAGGCCACUGCUUUCCAGCCACAUGCGUCCCUCUGCCUUUAUCUGGAAGGCUCUCUCCCCAGUCUCCAUCUAGGGAAAUCUUACCUGUUCCUUAAACUUCAUUUCAAAUGCCACUGCCUCCAUGAAAUAUUUUCUGAUCCCCCACACCACAAAUAAAUAUAAUUCUACUUUCUCUGAAACCUUGUAGCAAAUUUCUUGAGUCUGGAGGAAGAGAAGAUUACUUUGUAUAGAACACAGACUCUGUAUACUUUACCUGCCUGUCCCCUCCCUUUGCACUAGCCUACUCUUGUCUGCACUAGGUUUUAGCUACUUGUUGGUAUGGACCGUGUCAGAAGUUUGCCUUUGUGCCUUAUACAGAGUAGGCACUUGACAAAUAGUUAUUGAACUAAACUGAAUUUAAAGUUCUGUGUCUGUAUAUUCCUAUAUAAAGUGAAUUGAGUCUAAGCAGUGAUUCUUAACCUUAGCCGCACAUUAGAAUCUCCUCCUGGGGAGCUUUUUAAAAGUCUCAGCACUGGGCCUCACUCCAUAUCAAUUAAAUCAUAUGCUCUGGGGUUGUGACACAGGCGUCAGUAGUUUUUAAAGCUUCCCAGGUGAUUCCAAUGAGCAGCCAAGGCUGAGAGGAAUCGUUUUAUUACCAUGAUUUUGUAGGGACAGGUUCAUUUGGAUAAUCCUCAAAUGAUAAAUGGGCUGCCCUCCAAAUGUUCACUUGUGAAUUGGUCUUUUAAAACUCAGAAUAUAUUUCCUUACACACGUAUCACUCAGUGCUAGAUUCCCAAGUGACUCCAGAAAAGCCCAUCUGAUUCAUGACUGAAUUACAGUAUCUAUCACACUAGGUUGGGUUACAGUCCCAAGAACAGGGAUCCAGCAAAGUAGCCAAUAAGAGGAGAAGACAGAUUACUUCCUCCUCCUUUUUUGCGUCUAUGAUGUGUCAAAGCUAAAGCGUGUCUUUGGUCCUUUCUGCAUUUAGCCCCCAUUCUGUGUUUUUCUCCCCAGGACCUUUGUGCCCCACAUUCUAUAAUCCCCACUGCUUUAACCCUCCCCAUCUCAGCCCUUCUCCAAAGCCUGCCUGUGUGUUUCGUGCUGCACAGUGACCUAACUCCAGUUUCAUGCAUCUUGACUUGGUGUUCAGGAAGAAAGCAGUCCAGCUGAACAAAUUCUGAAUGCCUGAGAGCCUUUUCACUUCACAGAGGGGCUGCAUUUUUAAAAGCAAUUGCUUUCUCACUCCCAUCAACUUCUAAUUAAUAGAAUUGCUGACAGAGGUUUUUUUUUUUUUUUUUAAUAAUUUAGGCUGUGAGGGGAGAGAUAGGAAACUGGGUCAGACACCCAAAUUAUUCCUGUUGGUAACAGCCUCUUCCUUUCUUCAUCGCCACCCACCCCCACACCCAAAGUACCUUCCAAGCUGGGAUCUUGAGUCUGUUUGCAUAUGGACUAUUGAGAAGUUGGUUGUAAACUCAAAGCUGCCAGAGCAAGUGUAAAAGUAGGCAAAUGUACUCAUGCUGGCCUGUAUUCAAGGUCCUUUCCAGGGUCACUGGGUAACCUGGACUGAAAGUAUUUCUGCUAAUGGUUGAGUUGAACAUGAACAUGCCUUGGAAGUGGGAUAAACAGUUACUCAGAUUUCCAUAGAGCUUGUUGAACUCCUUUUUAUCACUAAUUGCCUUUUCUUAUUUUAAGUGGAUCAAUAUUUCAGAAAGUGAAUUACUGAAGCAUUGCUGAAAAAUGCCAGGCAUCUCCUAAACUUUGACAAUGCAGAGGUCAUCAGUAUGCUGAAAAAAAGUUGCUAAUAUUGUGUUUUUAAAAAUCUGUGCGGUGCAAAAAAAGUUGUGUAUUUGUUAAAAAUGUGUUUGCCCCUUAUUUCUGUCUAAUUAUAUUGGUUAGCAUACUUGGCGUUAUAGAGCUAUUAACAAGCUGCCUUUUGUUAAUAUGUAAAUAAUAGCCACUUCAAACCCUGAAGAGCAAUAGCCUUGAAAUUGCAAGAAAUAAAGAACACACUUUUCAGUCCCAUGAGAAUUGUAAGUGCUGAGAGUAAACAUAAAGAAAAUGGCUGUGUUGUAGAGGCACAUAAACACUAAUUUGCUAGAUUUUAACAUAUAAGUGAGUAGAAAAUGUUUAACUAAUAAUAAAAAUUAAAAUAUUUUAACAUUAUUUUAUAAUAAAUAUUUUAAGGCUGAAGUAAAUGUACAUUUUUCUUUAAAAUGCAGAAAAUAGUUUUAGUUUCCAGGCUUAAAGAUGACUUUUUGAUAAUGAUUGAACUAAUUUUUUAAUGUAUAAAUAUAUUUAACACUUAACAGUGAUUUUUAUAAAUUAUUCCUAUUCAAAUUGCAUAAAUUACUACAUGAGUUAGAACCUGGUUAAAAUAUCUCUAGAGCAAUAUCUCAUGCCAGCCUGUCAGUGGCGUUACAUUGAAAUGAAUCAAUUUUAGGUAGAUAUGCACCCUUAAAAAUGAGCAUAUCCUUUGGUCUCUGUUUUUGCAUUCUCAGUUACUUCAAGUCUAAAUUUAAUCAACAGGGUUCACAUGAAGACUGACAAAUGGCACACAUGCGUUUGCAUGCACGUGCACGCCCCCCGCCCCCCCACAACCACACACACUUCAAGAAAGGAGUCCCCACAGCUAACUUAAUUUAGGCAGAAUCAAGCAAUGCCACUUAACACUUUUCCUUUCUCUCCUUGCGUGAGUUCUUUCUGCUUGAAAACACACCAGGCACCAGAAGACUCACAAACAUGGUAUGCUUCCAUCUCAGGAAGCUUGAGUCAACUUAUUCUUUAAAGUCCUUUUUUGGUUAUUGAAAUCUUGAUGGAAAAGCCAUUAUAGUAGCCAUUUUGAAAUGCGUGAAUUACAUAAAUUGUAUAUUUUGCCUCUAAUGCUAGGAAGCAAUUUAUGGAUCUUGGCUUUUAUUCCUGUCUCUCUGCAUCGUGCAUGUUAAGACGUUCUGUGGAACUGAAAACCAGUGAUCAUUCAAGCCAGAUUGUUUGUGAGCAUAAAUUAUAUCCUUCCUCAGAAGGUGUAUGGUACUGUAUUCUGGUAGACCACGUCAUCUCCAUGACACCCGUUGCUGUUCCUUAGUAGUGCUUUCUUAAAGAUUUUGCUGGGGUUGUGUUCUGUUUGAAAACUUUGCAACUAGAAGAAGAAAAAUAAGAAUUAAGAACCAGUAUGUAAUUUAACCUGGAUGUUUUUAAAGGCAAUUCAGAAGAUGUGAUGGACUGUUUCUUUAUUCAUUAAAGAAAAUUUUAUUUAUUCUCAA